AUGUCACCAAAGAGCUACCGCGAUGUCGCCGCACUCGUGCUAAGGCACCGCGAGGGGCCGUUGCGCGGGGGCAGAGGUGCCCACAGCAGGGCCCGGCCCCGCAAGGCCCCCCGGCCGGGCGCGCACAGCACAGGGGCGGCGGCGGCGGUGUCCCGGGUUGGCCCCGCUGUCGCUCACGCUGCCGCGGGCGCUGCCCGCUCCUCCUCUCCGCAGGGCACCUUCUCGCUCAUCAUCGAAGCGCUGCACACCGACUCGCCGGACGACCUCACCACAGAAAACCCCGAGCGCCUCAUCAGCCGCCUGGCCACUCAGAGGCACUUGGCUGUGGGUGAAGAGUGGUCCCAGGACCUGCACAGCAGCGGCCGCACCGACCUCAAGUACUCCUACCGCUUCGUGUGUGAUGAGCACUACUACGGAGAAGGCUGUUCUGUCUUCUGUCGGCCCCGGGAUGAUGCCUUUGGUCACUUCACCUGCGGGGAGCGUGGCGAGAAAGUCUGCAACCCAGGCUGGAAAGGCCAGUACUGCACUGAGCCGAUCUGUUUGCCUGGAUGCGACGAGCAGCACGGCUUUUGUGACAAACCCGGGGAAUGCAAAUGCAGAGUGGGUUGGCAGGGGCGAUACUGUGAUGAGUGCAUCCGAUACCCAGGCUGCCUUCAUGGUACCUGUCAGCAGCCGUGGCAGUGCAACUGCCAGGAGGGCUGGGGUGGCCUUUUCUGCAACCAGGACCUUAACUACUGCACCCACCACAAGCCAUGCAAAAAUGGUGCCACUUGCACCAACACCGGCCAGGGGAGCUACACUUGUUCUUGCAGACCUGGGUACACAGGUUCCAGCUGUGAGAUUGAAAUCAAUGAAUGUGAUGCCAACCCUUGCAAGAAUGGUGGGAGCUGCACUGAUCUUGAGAACAGCUAUUCCUGUACCUGCCCUCCAGGCUUCUAUGGUAAAAACUGUGAGCUGAGCGCAAUGACUUGUGCAGACGGACCAUGCUUCAAUGGUGGGAGAUGCACGGACAACCCUGACGGGGGAUACAGCUGCCGCUGCCCGCUAGGUUAUUCCGGGUUCAAUUGUGAAAAGAAAAUCGAUUACUGCAGUUCCAACCCUUGUGUUAAUGGAGCUCAGUGUGUUGAUCUUGGGAACUCUUACUUAUGCCAGUGUCAGGCUGGCUUUGCUGGAAGAAACUGUGAUGAUAACGUGGACGACUGCGCCUCCUUUCCGUGUGUUAACGGAGGAACUUGCCAGGAUGGCAUUAAUGACUAUUCCUGCACCUGCCCGCCGGGAUACAACGGGAAGAACUGCAGUACCCCAGUGAGCAGAUGUGAACACAACCCUUGUCACAACGGGGCGACGUGCCACGAAAGAAACAACCGCUAUGUGUGUGAGUGUGCCCGAGGGUAUGGCGGACUCAACUGCCAGUUUUUGCUCCCCGAGCAGCCUCAGGGACCGGUAAUUGUCGACUUCACUGAGAAAUACACAGAAGGCCAGAACGCCCAGUUCCCCUGGAUCGCGGUGUGUGCCGGGAUUAUUCUGGUCCUGAUGCUAUUGCUGGGGUGCGCUGCUGUUGUUGUCUGCAUCAGACUCAAAGUGCAAAAGAGGCACCACCAGCCUGACGCAUGUAGGAGUGAAACUGAGACCAUGAACAACCUGGCAAACUGCCAGCGUGAGAAGGACAUUUCCAUAAGUGUCAUUGGUGCCACUCAGAUUAAAAACACAAACAAGAAAGUAGACUUUCACAGUGAUAACUCCGAUAAAAAUGGCUACAAAGUUAGAUACCCAUCAGUGGAUUACAAUUUGGUGCAUGAACUCAAGAAUGAGGACUCUGUUAAAGAGGAGCACAGCAAAUGUGAAGCCAAGUGUGAAACAUAUGAUUCAGAGGCAGAGGAAAAAAGUGCAGUACAACUAAAGAGUAGUGAUACUUCUGAAAGAAAACGACCAGAUUCAGUAUAUUCCACUUCAAAGGACACAAAGUACCAGUCGGUGUAUGUCAUAUCAGAAGAAAAAGAUGAGUGCAUCAUAGCAACUGAGGUGUGAAACGGAAACGAUAUGGCAAACUGUUGUUCAGAACAAUUUCAAAGGAGACGUGCCCCAAUGAAUGCUGCUGAAAGAGGAAUGGGAGAUAGAUUCCUUCACUGACUGCUGCUGAGAAACUAAAUUCAGGCUUGAGCUGGUUCUCUACUGAAGUUAGCAAAGUGACUGCAAAAUAAAGAAACAAGAUGGACACGAGGCAAGGGUCUGUGUUCAAGGAUUACUGUUGCACUGCCUUUUAUGAAUUUUAUCAUUGCACUAUGGUCAGUUGCUUUUCUAUAUAUAUUUAAAUGAACGGACUUACUUACUUACAUAAGAAGCAUGCACUGCCUGAAGUGUAUAUUUUGGAUUCUUAUGAGCCAGUCUUUUCUUGAAUUAGAGACACAAACACUGCCUUUAUUGUCUUUUUUGAUACUAAAAUGUGGUUUUAUUAGGUGAGAAAAAGUGUGUUAUUUUUUUGAAUCUGUAAAAAUAUUUUCAUGAUAAUUGUAAAGCUUGAGUAUUUUGUGAUGUUCAUUUUUUUAUAAUUUAAAUUUUUUGGUAAAUAUGUACAAAGGCACUUCGGGUCUAUGUGACUAUAUUUUUUUGUAUAUAAAUGUAUUUAUGGAAUAUUGUGCAAAUGUUAUUUGAGGUUUUUUUUUACUGUUUUGUUAAUGAAGAAAUUCAUUUUUAAAAUAUUUU